AGUUUAAUUGAUCACUUUCCCGUUUUCCGUCUAUCGUCAUCUCAGCCUAAUUACUCUUUCUUCUUCGUUUGAACGGCAUAGACCCGAGAAGACAACUUUCUCAGUACCAUUUUCACUUGGCUGCUUGAUUCUUUCUAAGACAAAUGGAGAACCUGAAUAUGGCGCUACUCUCCUCCCCCUCGUCUUCUUCUUCGUCUUAUUCUUCUCCGAAACUGGUAUUGGGUUACUCUACUUAUCUCAAAAACCCUACUGCUACUCGUCAAUUCUCUAGAACCAGAGCGCUUCCCUUCACUCUUCGGAAUUACAGGACUGUACCUCACAGCUCCAGAAUUUCCAUCUCUGCGAUUGCCCACUCUCGCUCCUCGACCGGCCCUCGAAGAGUUUCCCACGAUAGGAGAUUGGGUGCUGACUAUUUAUUGAGUAUUUCUUCGUCAGCCGGUCAGCAAACGUCUUCUGUUGGGGUUAACCCACAGCCACUACCAUCGCCAUCUCCAUCUUCACAAUUCGGCUCACCUCUGUUUUGGAUUGGAGUUGGUGUCGGAUUAUCUGCACUUUUUUCAUGGGUGGCCACGAAUUUAAAGAAAUAUGCCAUGCAACAAGCUCUCAAAACUAUGAUGAACCAGAUGACUACACAAAAUAACCAAUUCACCAAUCCUGCUGUUUCUCCUGGUUCACCCUUUCCAUUUCCAAUACCUCCUGCAUCAGGACCUGCUAGCUCGCCUGCAUAUCAAACACCAUCAACAUCUGGGGCUGCUAUCUCCCCUUCAUCUCCAACAUCAUCAGGAUCAUUUGAUUCUAACUCAUCACCUCGUGUUACAUCUCAAUCUGCAAUCACAGUAGAUGUUCCUGCAACAAAAGUAGAAGCAACUCCAGUCAGUGAUGCCAAAGACGAAUCAGAGAUAAAGAAGGAACCUAAGAAAUAUGCUUUUGUUGAUGUCUCUCCUGAAGAGACGUUUACAAAGAGUCCUUUUAAAGGUGAUGAAGAUAUUUCAGGCGCAGGCUCAUCUCAGUUUGCCAAAGAAGUUUCUCAAAAUGGAGCUGCUUCUAACCAGGGUUCCACAACUUCCACUGCAUCUGAUGGCUCUAAAUCUACUCGUCCUCGCUUAUCUGUGGAGGCUCUGGAGAAAAUGAUGGAAGAUCCAACUGUGCAGAAGAUGGUUUAUCCGUAUUUACCAGAGGAGAUGAGGAACCCUUCUACUUUCAAGUGGAUGCUGCAAAAUCCACAAUACCGUCAACAACUAGAAGACAUGCUAAAUAACAUGAGUGGAAGUGGUGAAUGGGACAAUCGGAUGAUGGAAUCCUUGAAAAAUUUUGAUCUCAGCAGUCCUGAGGUUAAGCAGCAGUUUGAUCAAAUUGGCCUUACACCUGAAGAAGUAAUCUCAAAAAUCAUGGCCAAUCCUGACGUUGCCCUGGCAUUUCAAAAUCCAAGAGUUCAACAAGCCAUCAUGGAUUGUUCGCAGAAUCCACUUAGCAUAUCCAAAUAUCAGAAUGACAAGGAGGUUAUGGAUGUCUUCAACAAAAUUUCAGAACUCUUCCCCGGGGUGUCAGGUUCUUAGUCUCGUGCAAAACUGUUGUUCCUUAGCACAAGUACCCUGGUGGAUUUGCAGCUGGUGAGAGCAAAGGGCAGCAGCGCCUGCUGGAUUUUCCAUUUCUCACGUGAAAACUGUUCAAAAUUUUGGAUAUUGCACCCCCCCUCCCCCCUCCCCUUUUGACUUUUUGGGCAAAUAGGGCAUAGUUGCAGUUUGAAUUUGGAAAAGGCCUUUGUUAUGAUCUUGUAAAGUUACUAAAAUAUUAGCAUUUUGUUUUAUUCUAGAAUCUUGCUCUCAAUAUGGCGCACCUUCAUUUUCAGAUCAAUGGUUAUUUUGUGUUUUCUUUAA